AUGAAGACGACGAUCUGGCGGCCGAACGUGAGAGUGACCCUCGACGAGUAUGGCGAGGUCGUGGACACGGAGAGUGGUGGAGAGGAGGUGUGCAGCGCUAGUCCGCACGGUCGUCAGCGCAGAUACUGCAAGGAGUGCGGUGGUGCAUUAUUCUGCGAGCACGGUCGUGUGCGCUAUCAGUGCAAGGAGUGCGGUGGGGGCUCGAUCUGCGAGCACGGUCGUCAGCGCUCUUACUGCAAGGAGUGCGGCGGUGCAUCAAUCUGCGAGCACGGUCGUCAGCGCAAACAAUGCAAGGAGUGCGGUGGUGCAUCAAUCUGCGAGCACGGUCGUCAGCGCUAUCAUUGCAAGGAGUGCGGUGGUUCUGGAAUCUGCAAGCACGGUCGUCAGCGCUCUCAGUGCAAGGAGUGCGGCGGGAGCUCAGUCUGCGAGCACGGUCGUGAGCGCUCUACAUGCAAGGAGUGCGGUGGGAGCUCAAUAUGUGAGCACGGUCGUCGGCGCUCUCAGUGCAAGGAGUGCGGUGGGGGCUCAAUCUGCGAGCACGAUCGUAUACGCUCUCGGUGCAAGGAGUGCGGUGGGGGGUCAAUCUGCGAGCACGGUCGUCAGCGCUCUUACUGCAAGGAGUGCGGUGGGUCUCAAAUCUGCGAGCACGGUCGUCAGCGCCAAAAGUGCAAGGAGUGCGGUGGGGGGUCAAUCUGCGAGCAUGGUCGUAGGCGCAACAGAUGUGAGGAAUGUCGGGACGCGCCGCGCCCGUAA